CGCUAGAGGAAGGCGCUAAAACGCGGUGAUGCCUAAUCGGGCAAUGAACUGACCACGCACUUAUCUGGCUGGGCCUCUGAACUCGACAAGCCACUAUGUGCAUAUCUGAUAUACUUCCACAUCUCAUGGAGAAGGAUGGGACGCGGACAUGUUCAGCUACAGUGGAGUACCUCCGUCGUGAGCCCUAGUCCUCUCUUCAGCAACUGCCGUCGACUCUGAUCUUGAUACACCAAUCUGACCGCUAAGAUACUAUCAGCCACAGCUAUACAUAAAGGUCUUGGGUUGUCGCCUUGAAAGGUCCUACUCAGACUCCGAUUCUGCACCCUUGUCUGAACUUUGGAUUUUGAACGUCGACCUCAACACUCAUCAACAUGGAGUCUGUCCGUCCAGAUGUUCCAGACUACGAUGUAGUACCCGGCACAGUGUAUCUGGUGCAAGGCACCCAUCAGCGCAGCUUCUCUUCGAAGGACAUCAUUUUGAUGCCGACACCAUCCAAUGACCCUCGAGAUCCGCUUCGUUGGUCAAGAUGGCGAAAGGGUUACCACUUGCUUCUUCUGGUACUGUACAGUGCGACACUGGGUGCGAUCACCAAUGGCGACUCAGUCGUUUAUCUCAACCUAUUGCAGACGUAUCGCACCAACAUCAACAACCUGAACUAUGCCGGAGCUGUGAUGCUUUUGCUUCUUGGAGUGGGCAAUGUCUUCUUCGUACCCUUGUCAAACAAGUUCGGUCGACGAUCCAUCUACAUCUGGACGCUGCUCUUAGUCCUCGUCUCCGAGAUCUGGAUGGCUGUUUCAAAGCAAUACGGCGAAUAUUGGGGGGUAGAGAUACUGCGAGGCCUGGGAUCCGCUCCAUUCGAGGCAUUGCCAGCCAUCUCUAUAUCGGACAUAUACUUUGCCCACGAGCGCGGAGGCAAGCUCGGUGCGUACGUUUUUGGCCUGGCAUUCGGCAGCUUCGUUGGUCCAGUUUGCGGUGGCUACAUGGUGACUGGACAAGGCGUUCGGUGGAUGUAUUGGUAUGGAGUCAUCGUUUUGGGCGCUCUGACCUUGCUGUUCUUCUUUACCUUUGAGGAAACACACUUCAUCCGCCCCCUCGACAUGCACGACGAGGCUCUGGUCAACACUGUCGAUGUGCCUGAACUCGACAAGACAUUCACGAACAAGUCUACACGCAAAGAAGCCGACGGUCAGAGCGUUCCUCAGCAGUCAGAGGCCAUCGUUGGCGAAGUGUUCGAUGCGGAGGGAUUCAAGUUACAGUACAGCCUCUGGAAGACCUACCCAACAACCUGGACUGCAGUGGUUACUGAGUGGUGGAUGCCGCUCAAGUGUCUCAGUCUGCCAGCAGUAUUUUGGUGUGGUAUCAACUACGGUACCUGCGUAUCCUGGUUAGCGGUCAUGGGCACUACCGUAGCUUUGAUCUUCUCACCACCUCCUUACCUAUUCUCCAACAGCGGCUUGGGUCUGGUCUGGUUCUCGCCCCUGAUUGGGUCUUUGAUCGGCGCUUACUUUGCCGGCCCACUGAACGAUCGCCUGACAGUGUAUCUCAGCAAUCGUAACCGAGGUUGGAGGGAACCAGAAUACCGCCUAUGGGCCUUCAUUCCCACAGCAUUCAUCAUGCCUGGAGGUUUGAUCAUAUAUGGUGCCACUGCCGCCCACGGCAUGCACUGGAUUGCUCCUGUCUUCGGCAUGGGUCUUGUCGGCUUCGGUCUCAGUGUUGGUGGUACGGUGACCAUGAGCUAUAUCCUGGACUCAUACAAAGAGAUCGAUACACAAGUGGUUACAACUAUCAUCCUGCUGAGGAACACGAUCGGCUUCGGUGUGUCCUUUGGCAUUCAGUCUUGGAUUAACGGCAUGGGCCUUCAGAAUUGCUUCAUCAUGAUAGGUUGCUUGAGCUUUGCCAUCACCAUAUUCGCGCUUUUCUUCAUCGCGUUUGGAAAGAAGAUGCGAGGAUGGACGACAACAAGAUACCAGCAUCUCAUGAAGACGAAGGCGAUGUGA